AUGUUUGAAGGCAAAAUCAUCAACCUAUUAAAUAAACUACUCAAGCCAUAUGUAGAUGGCAUAGAUGAAAACACCCUGCACCUCAGCAAUCUCCUCAGUGGAAAGGUGGUUUUAACGGGAUUAAGGUUAAAACCAAGCAUCGUACAUUCACUUGGGCUGCCAUAUCACAUGACUUUCGGGCUUAUAGACCAUGUGAGCAUUACCAUACACCUGCCGCUACUUAGCUUGUCAAAGCGCAAGCUGGUGGUCGAAAUUAACCAGGUUAUCAUGCUACUCACAGCAAUACCUGAAAAUCAAUGGGAUCCAGCUGCAUUCCGUGAAGAACAUGUAGCAUACAAGGUAGCUACACUCGCAGCGGAAUCACUGCAACAGGUAGUGACAGAGAUUGAGGGCGGAGGGAUAAUAUGGCGCACAGUAGUAUCGUUCUUAGAGAACCUAGAGGUACGCAUCAACAACAUACACAUACGCAUAGAAGAUUUUACCACAAACCCCAACCUCGCAUAUGCAUUUGGUUGUAUGGUCAAAUCGGCAGUAUUCUUGACAGGCUUAGAUCCCGCAAGCUCAACAAAUGAUGGAAUGAAUAAUGCCACUCCGUUCAGACGCUCCUUCUACAAUGACCACGGGGCGUUGAACCCAAGUGUUAUACACAGAAGGAUAGAACUCAGAGAAGUAGGAGUCUACGUAGAUAGAUUGGAUCCAAUACGACCGGGGAUGAUGCACAAUACAGAUUUCUCAAGGUGCAACUCAUAUGAUAAGGAUAAUGCGAGGAUGCGGGAAAACGAUAAUUUCCGCAUGUCAAGUACAGAUAGCCUAGACGAGGCUUUGUUUGUAGACGCCAGGAGCCACGGUAGCGCGGCAAGUGCAGCAUAUGCACGAUACGGUAACCCUAAAGCUAUACACUUUGUCAGAAUAGCAAGGAGACACCGACUGCGCUACUGUCCAGCUACAAAAAAUAAGCCAUGCAGAAAAGAAUUCAGGAUCAAAUGCCGACGCGCUGGAGACAAUGGUAGACAUAGAUUGCGUUUUGUACGUUUUGCUUAUGAUCCCGCAAUGCGGCAUCCCUCGGGACCACCACGAAGGCUAAAGGUACUGGCGUCUACAAACGCUAUCUUCGGUCGCGUGGUAUCUAGAGUAAUGGCAUACCUAUCAUCAGGGGACCACGUCUCAGAAUGUGAAGGCGGAGCUAGGACAGGUUGGCAACGUAGCUUUUGCAGGGGAAACCGCAAUUACCGGCAUCAGCGCACAUCACUAUCAACGAGUAUGGGUUGCAGAUUAUCAGGGAUAUAUUGUGAUAGAGGAGACAUGGGCAAAAAAGAUAGCUCGACACCAUCUAGAGGAUUUAGACGAAUGAUGCCUCAUGUAAAUAUGCAUAACGGAACCGAUCGACAUUGCGCAUCAACACAUGGUUCGAUCACAGCAGGUCCUUCAUCCACAGGGACAUGUAGAAUGUGCAAUAACGACGGUAUAUGCUGCUUUAUGUGCCCUGUAUUCUGUGAUGAUUCAUCGGUAUGCGAUAGCACAACUCCAGAAAAUAACCUCUCGUUCGAGAACUCUAUAGGUUGCAACCUUUCUUCAGCCUCCACAUGGCGUAUACUGCUAAGCACUUUUUGUGAUAUCAAACAGCCAGAAGAAGAACAUGAGCAUGAAUCUUUUGAUAUCAUACACAAGGCACAGGAAAGAUAUGCCUCUCGACAUCACGGCAGGAGCUGUGGUUGCACCAAACAUGAACCAAAUCUCAAGAAAGCCAAUAGUGAUGUUAACUUCGUCACUACUGUGGAAGAGUCGAACAUGGAAGUGGAUAGCGUAUCCGUUUCAGAUGUUGCCCCUACCCACAACUCUGAUGAUGUAGUAAUCGAAGGAGACGAACAAUCAGAAGUUGUAGAUUCAGCUCGCUGUUUUGGUGUAUGUAAUAACAUUGAUUGUGUACUGUCUGAAGCAGAAUCUGACCCUUUCGAUCCUGCGGAGUAUAAUGCCGAAAAGAACGCCCCGUUGUCGUACGAUGAGACGUGGCAUACCCAGGGGAUCCAUGGCGGCACAUUUUCUAACACCGACACAAAGGUAGAGGCUGAUACGCCGGAUGUAGAACCUAAUAUGGAAAAAUGUGCCGAUUCAUGGUGCCAUCAGGAUGCGAAAACAGUUGGCGAGACUUGGACAAGGUUCACUUUUGUUGUAAAACGUAACGGAGAUUCUGGUUUAAAGGAACUCUUCCUGCGUUUAUUAGAAGAAUCGAACCAUAACUAUAUAGUGAACCCGAAAGAGUUCAAUGGUGUGGCAUCAUUUUACCUAUGUCUCUAUCCUACAAGGCCAUCCGUAAAACCUAGAACAUGUUGGUCAAGAUGGGGACUUGAACAAGACUCCAAAUUGUACAAAGAGGAUAUCGCUAUGGCCAAGGAAUAUUUACCAAAAUGGUCUAUAUUCUUGCAUUUGGAAGGCCUGAACCUAGUGAUAUCCAAAGAUCAACUAGAAUGCCUUACCAACAUUUUAUAUGAAGGUAUCAUGAAAUAUUUCUCGUGGCAAUGUGGGAUAAUUUACACCUUUGAGAACCCUAGACCGACACCUGAGGAUGAAAAUAUGUAUAUGGAAUAUUGGCCACAAUAUUUGCUAUUGGGGCAAUCUAGCCAAAAAAACGAGUUGAGGGAGUUCAUUAUGGAUUUCGAAAUCCUACACUCUAUCCCAGCUAUUCGGGUGUUACGCAAAAACUCUUCAACGGCACUGCGUAAUCUAAUCCAAAGCUUUGGGGAACGGCGGGGAUACAGCUGUGAUGCACGAGACUGUCUUACCGAUGUUUUGCUGACGAAUAUCUGCGGGCAAUAUGAACGUGAAGGCUCUGAACCAGAUGAUGAUAGGGAAGAAUCGUCUAGAUUACACGCGAGGCUUAAGAUUGUUGGCGGUAUUUAUGAGAUUGCUACAAAACAUGCAAAAUCACAUGCUUUCCUAGACUCUUUAAGAAAGAUAUGCCAACCGCAAAUGUUAACAUUUGAUUUCGCCUUCGACUUGGUACUCAAGGAGUCACGGGUAACAUACACAUACGAGGUCGAGCCCUAUGACAGUUGUAGUUUAGCUGCAAAGGCAUACGUAUUUUCUACCAAAGGGUUACAUGUAUUUUUCUGCGAUAUGUACGGAAGGGAUGGCUGUCAAGUGGUUGUGACUGAACUGUUGCCAUUCAGCCUUGUUAGCUUCCCGUUCAGCAUAGAGAACGAGAAUGUCGAGUAUCACUCACUACAUGAUUGCCCAUGUCGUUUCCUCGAUGCCCCUGCAACGGUAUUGAUAUCCUGCGGUGAUGUGUCAUCACUUAGCACACAUACCCAUGUUGUAGAUACAGAACCGGCAAAUAUGACCGGAUUGAAGAAACUACAUCAUGAUUUUGCAGCGGACUUUCUUGGGAGAUCUGAUGAAACGGUACGUUUAACUUUGGAUGCCAAUAUGUAUAUCGGCAUGGGCUUCAAUCGCUAUUGUACACCAAAUGAUGCUGAUACGCGUUUCUUAUUCCAUGUAAAUUGCGAUGUAUUCGGACAUAUGCAUGUACUGGAUGAACUAGGUGACCAUCUGCGUAUGAAGAAACACAACCAGCGUGAAAACGAUACCGUAAACCCAGUUUUGGUUGGAGCACAUAAAAGGAUAUUGCAACUCUCACAGGAUAGAACUGGAUGUUACACUGAACUUUAUGAAUUGAUAGAUUUGGGUAUCGAGUUUUCGAGAAACUUAUUGCAAGGGCCGAUAUCUUUUAUGAAUCGCUAUUUUUUCGUAGAAGUGAGAAAACAGAUGACAUUCUUCGUAGAUGCAGGGUUCUCAGAUUACCGUAUGCCUUAUGCCGUAUGUCUGGAAUCGUUUGCUGUGGCUAGCGACGUUACACCCCGUGUUGUGGAACCACAAGGAGAGUCGCCAUAUGAUUCACAUCUCCUUAGGUUGUCCAAUAUGAGGCUAAUAUCGGUAAAUGGUGAUUAUAGCUUCCUAACAGAUGGUGGGAACCGUCAGAUCUACCUAGGUUCGGGCUGUCUAGUAAAACUAAGCGAUUAUCUGGGUAUGACAUGUAGUCUGUCACGCCGUAGAGGGUGCGAUGAUCCCGUUAUAGCAUUGUCGUUAUCAAAGCUGCAGAACAAUUUCGAAAUAUUGUCCAUGGGUAGAGAUAAUGAGGUUUUCAUAAAGUUCAAAUGCGCUAACUCGGUAUCCACGAAACGUGAUGUACCCAGGACCAUUAUUACUGCAAACCUAGGAUCUAUAUACGUAUCGCUACGUGAAUACGACCUGUUGCAUAUAAUCGAUAUCUAUACGGAUUAUGUCAGGAUUUGUAACGAUUAUGAAGCCUUUAUACGCAGCUAUGGAGCUAGACCUACACAAGUUAUUAACGAAUCAGGUAAUAAGCCAGGCCACAUGUACCGCAAACAAUGUGAAGCUACGGGUGUUAAUAGCACUAAUAUGCCAAACAGAUGUUGUUUGAUGGACUUCAGAACGCUGGUAUCGCAUAAAUGGCAUGAUUUACAACAUACUCUCAAACAGAGGGCAUUGGAAGCAUCACAGAGCACCCUUUAUGAAGUGAAACUAGACUACCUCUUCUCUGAGCUAAGGCGACCUGUAAGGUUGGAUAACGGGCAAAAGUAUCAGUACAAACCUACAGAUAUCGGUGUUACAAAGUUUGAUGAUUCCUUGCCAGGUACGCCUUGCCCAACGUCUACCACCUCGAUGCAUUAUUAUGACAAAGAUACAGAUCGACAUGAUGCUAAUGAUAUGGGUAGUAUGGUUAUCAUUCCAACAGUUGAUGCCGGAUCUUAUGCAACCCGUGGUGAAAUGGUCCUUAGUGACAUACGUCGUAACACAAGGUUAGACUACCUAAGUUCAACAGAAUUUGGACAUACGGCAUCAAGACACGCUGCAUUGUGUAAUAUGCAAUCGGUACUUAGUCGAUACGGCGUCGCAUUACCGUUGGCCAGCUGCAAAGUUACCGGUAUAGGAAUAAAAGCUUGCUAUUCAGAUCAUGGUACCCAUCGUUUACGAGCUUUUGUUGGCUGUGUCGAAGUUGAAGAUCAAACCAAUGCCGUGCCUAUAUAUUUAUCAACGAUGUUCCGUGGUGGUAAUACCACCCUUUUCUGGCGAUGGCUCAAAGUAACUCGAGAGGUUCAACGUGUUAGGUCUAGUCUUGAAUCAUACAGUGAUGGCAUGAACAAAGUAAUGCGACAUCUACUCUCAGAAGAAGGUGAUAGGGGUCAUUGCGGUCGGUUGGAUACGCGAGAUCAAUUCCUGCGUGACCGUUUACGCCACAUCGAAUACUCUAGCAUCAGGUUCAACCACAGGUUGUCACACGAAUACCAAGAGGAAGAAUUUUUCCAAUUGAAAUCGCGUAACAGCUUUAUAGCAAGGGCUUAUCAACGUGCGGAACGUUAUAUAGCGUCAGUUAUGGAAUAUGCGUGGCCAACGGAUAUAAAUGUCCAACCUACACGAGAGAAUUUGCAUCUUGACUUACCAUGUAUGAUGACCGCAUCGCUGGACUACGAUGACUGUUCCCGAGGUAGAUGUACCGUCAAUUUUUCGAACUUAAUGGUCAACUUUGCAUGGGAGGUUGCCGACGAAUUUAUAGGCCUAUUUACCAGGGUAGUAGAUCGACUGGCUCAGAUACCCUCAUCCAUGGGAACUAACGAUGAGCCCUGUACAGAGGUUUUGAAUGUUGAUGCCACUAUCAACGUCGCGCAAUCCAGUCUACAUGUUUUAUGUGAUUCUUCAUGGGUUGGUUACAAGAACUUUGUGGAUUAUAUGUGGUUCAAGUUACUCAGGGACUCGUACAACCUGGUUGACCCUGGAAGCGCAGCAUGUUCUCGUGCCUGUUCUAUAGCCGAUGCUGGUGAAGCGCGUAACGCACUCUACUUCGGUAUGAAUGAGAGGUCCUCUUCUCAACGUGGGUUAAUGUCGCAGGCUGGCAGCCAGAAUACCGCUACUCAAUCCACUGGAGAUUCACCCGCAUUAUCUGUUAAGGCCGUGGUAGAGAAGAGACGCGAACAUGCAUUCAGGACAACCUCCAAGGAAAGGAUAUCUAUCCAUGAUAAGGGGACUCAUAUGGGAAUUGGUAAUAACUUCAAUCCAAAUCUUAAGUGGUCGUUUGUAUCUCUAUUGUUACACGAGACCUACCGUAAGGCGUUCCUAUCAACUCCCAUAUAUAUGCAUGGGUCCGGACGUGGGACUAUAUUUAUAAGUUUAAGGACUGAUCGUGCUGAUACACACGUUCCACAAGAACAUGUUACCAAUGAUAAGGGGAUGCCGUAUCUUCACGAGGUUUCACGAAGACAAAGAGGGCGGAUACUUUCAGGUUACCCGCCACUUGGCUUGUAUAUGAGAGCUUGUGGAAGUAACAUCUCGGCUUCAUUUUCCAGGCAGUUCUCGUAUCAUGUACUCACACCAUGUGGCUUCGUAUUGCCGCAUCACCGUAGGAGUGUACCUGUAACGGAAGAGUACAAGCGUCAGCAAUAUGACUUCAUGAAAUACAUAUGGCCACAACGUAAACGUGAUAACAAGUUGUUAGGGUUAUUCGAAUCUUCAAAGAACACUCUGUAUGAUUUCAACGAACCGGUAGAUUCGCAUUUCAUCCAACCGUUCCGAGUGGAGUUAUCGGCCACACUGCUACUUAACGAACCCAGUUUUAUGGGACGUAUAACUCUACCGCAAAGUCUAUGUAUAACAGUUAUGUUGCAAUCGGUAAAGGCGUCACUAUCGUGUAUCGAUGUUUUGUCAUUUUGCAGCAUAAUUGGGCUCCUUGCAGGCUGUUUAGAUAUGGAUAGUGCCGUUGAACGUUGUGGUAGUGAAGUAUAUGACAUACCCUCAGCUCAAAGUUCCAUUACAGUUCAACCAACGGAACAUUUGAGCCCACAUGUAGAUUUUGUCGAACGGCGUAGUUCAGGUGUAGAAGAGUUCUUUUCAUGCGCACAAAGUGCUUCAGAAUCAGAUUGGGUUAGCGUGGUAUCAUCUAAUAAUGGCGAUGACAUUGAUAUCUCAUGCUUCCAGGAACGCAAAUACGGCCUAUUGAAGAAAUCGAUACGCCGUAGAACAUCGAUAGUACGUGCUGGAUUUUUGGAACAGCUGUUAUCUGAACUGAGUGUUGGUCUGAAAUUGUCAUUCGACCUGCUAUACAUUGAAAUAUCAAGUAACCAUGUUAACGAGUUGAAGAAUAUGGUAACUAUAACGGUUGAAGAUUUCGGAUCGUAUUUCUGGUCUAACGGCUCCGUGUCCUUCCUACAGUCGGAUUACAUAUCCUCCUUCUGUGGUAGUGAUAAUCCUCUGGUAACGGACACGACGAGAGAAUGCCCUUCCAACGAGUCAUUGAGCUUAUCUGAUGUAUACUCGAGUGGUAUAGAUAACAAGAUUUCUCUAUGCUACGCAGGUGUGCAUCGUAUGCUUUAUAGAUGCUACACAAAUGACGAGCGACACUCUUGUAUACUGCGUGCCAAUUCUCCAAUCUCUACAGAUGGCGUUAGGGGCAACCUGCCAUUCGACUCCGCUACUAUAUUCGAUAGUGCCCAGCCGUUACUCAGAUUCGAAUCACAUAUGUGUGUCACUGUGGACAUUUGCAGGGAUAUGCGCCGUGAGAUGGUGGUUGAACCUGUUACAGUAUGUUUCCGAGGUAGCAAGCAAUCUUUGUAUACAAAGACACUUGCCAAUCUCAGUACAUCAUGGAUAAACGUGAACAUCUCGCUUAACGGAGCCCAUUGCCUCUUCAAUUUCCUAAAGUACAUCUCGGAGAUGGCUCGUAUUCGCAUGAACCUUGUUGAGGAUAGUGAAACGGAUUAUAAAGCACUUCAGCCAGCUGUAGCGUGCAAAAUUGAUACCGAUGUAACAAGGACGAUGAUCCCCGCACAUGUGCUUAAAGGAUCUUUCCAGUUGAAUCAUACUGACAACCCUUCUACUCUAGGUCUAAUAAACCACAAAUUACCAAUAUGGGAAAUACCAGCGGCCAUUGAAUACAGGCUGAGAAAUAACCUGUUACAUCGACUGAGGUAUCUAGAUGUACACGCCUCUAUCAUGGAUUCGCUUCGUGCUUUAAGCUUACUGAAAUUAGAAGGGGACUCUGAACGUGCCUCGUUCCACAUGGGUGAAGAUAUAUCACAGUUUAAUGCAACAGGAAAUACCGAUGCAACCGUUAAUACGGAUAAUGGUAGCGAAUCACAAUCUUACCUGGUCAACAACCUUGGACAGCCUAUAGCCUUAUGCCUAUACGCCAAUUCAACUUUUGAACAAGCUGAAAACCAAGAAUGGAGAGUGAUUGACGACGGUGGGAGAUGUGAACUACCUCUAGGGAAUUACGGUAUCAUUCUACCUUUCGUCGUAAGAAUCCAACUGAACAACUGUAUAUACGAGAUACCAUCAUCGAUGUUGAAUUUGACACAAGAAGAUGAAAUGAUGUUCCGCCUUGAUGUAUCCCGUAACUAUCAGCGUGGACGUAAUGUUAAUCGCAUGGCAUUCUUGAGGACAAUACGCCAUGAUCGUAUGAUGGCAAAGAUGUAUAGGUUCGGUGUCAGCAUGGGUUGUACACGGUUCAUUGUUAGCGAUUUCGUGUCAAGUAGUAAUAGGGAAAGUGCACGCUCUCUACAAAGGCAUAACACCAUUAAAGGCUGGCGUGACAGUAUGGUACGAAACUUUAGGAAAAUAGGACAAACUAGUGGUAUGCCUUUACAUUUGUUUGAACAUGAAGAGUUCAAAUAUGCAUACCUGAUGGUACGUACGCAACAGCGUGUUGGUGGUAAAGUGGCUGCAGGCACAUCUGCUGCAAGCCACUUAACUAUCCAACUAUCUUCUGCACUUUGGAUAAGUAACAAUACACGGGAGAAAUUGGUGGUGUUCCCUUCAGUUAGCGUUGAUAGUGAAAACCGUAUGAUACCAAUCUCUUCAUUGGUAUGGUUAUCACACCACGCUCCACUGACUAGUGCCUUCCCGUUAUCACUUAAAACGGUUGCUUGCAACAAGGCUAUCGAUGUAGUGAAGUCUGUGGGCAAUAAUCUAUUCAAGCAGUUGACCAGUAUGCAGGAAUCGAAGCAUCAAGUGAAACAUAUCACCCCUGCGCAUGUCCUUAAUCCUACGAAGCUGAAUGACGAUGUCGCAUCUGGUAAUCAUGAGUUCAGGUUACAACAUAUAGCACUGGGUGAUAUGUCAUACAAGAACCAACGUAUUAGUGUGCCCUUGUCUUGGACUAUCGAACCUGAAUGUACCAUAUGUGUAUGUUUACAAGAAGAUUUCCCUUUCGAUGUGGAUUCGGAAGAUACUACGGUACACGUUACUCGUGGAGAUAAUAUGCCUUUUAACUUUCUAUCGGAUACUAGAGCAUACUUCACUGGCGACGUUCUACUAUCCAGUGUCUCUGCAAAGCAUUUAUACGCCUCAUUAGAGCAACCCAGGAUUAAAACACCGAUACCAGAUUAUGUAGCACGUGUGAACCUAGGUCAUAUAGACCCUGAGGAUAUUCUCGCAAGCGGAUUGAACACAGGGUUUGUACAAGAUAUUACUGUUACUCGUAAAGCAAGGGAUACUUUCCGUACCAGGUCGCUUUCAUCCAAUCAAAUAGUCAAACGUGCUUCGGAACCGACAAUUGAGAAUGCCAGUGGUGAUGAGGUUGACGAAAGUAUCAGAAUGGGAUCUCUUUCUUCCAAUAAUGCUGACAGCGAUGGUUCUAAAUCUGAUAGACACUGCGCAUUGAUAGAUAUGCAUUCGUCAGAGGAACUAACAGCUUCGAAUCGACCUGCAGAUGAUUAUUCUGCUACAAGUCAAUCGGAUACAGACGCUCGUUGUCCCGAGUUACCAUUGGAUAGUUUGAAUAAUGAACUAGGUAACUCGGCUUCGACCGCUUCUAUAGGCAUAUACGGCCUACCUGUGGCUUAUGUUCUGAAAUCACAGAGGUUUGCAAGACUAUCGAUAGUCAAUGAUGGAAAAAGUGUCAGUCCAACCACGAUUAUGGUUCUAAGACGGCGAAAUCGCAUAGAGCACAUGUCAUCGUCACGGUUAGAUCAUUCUCAAGAUAUAACACCAAAAUGCAAAUUCUCAUUGGAUUCCCCAGGCUCUACAGAUAGGUUACCUAAAUCGAUCUUGUCAUCUACUUUGGUUGAAGUAACCUCUUCUUCACGUUUGACUUUUGGUACUAAACUUGGGCGCUCUGGUAUCAGGCAUUAUGAGAUCGCACUCGAAAGCUGUCAUAUUAUCGAAAACAUGAUGCCAUUUGACGUAUAUAUCUUGAGCCCAGCGACCUUCGAUUACCUGAACCGACCUAAAGGCUCUGAGAAUGCGAAUAUAGAUGAUGUACCUUUAUAUCCAAUGCGUAUUAAGGCAUGUAAUAGAUGGCAAUUCUCAUGGUAUAUGAAGCAUGGACGCUUUGUAUUGAAGGAACUGUUGAGUAGAGAGUUUAACUUGAAGCCACCAACUGAUACUGUGGAUAUUUCUAGUUUGGUAUUUGACGCUAUGCAGCCGAAGUUUUUUGAAACGUUAUCAGGGAUACUUGAUACCAACGUUGAUCCGCAUGACCAUGGUACAACCUACAACCCUACCGGUAAACUGCCACGUCGUCUGGUAGUGUCUGUUGAAGUUAGCCGCAAGCCUAUGGAACCUCUGAAUGAGCAAGGAGCUGUAGUCAAGCGCUACCUCGCCAGUACCCAGUACAUCUACACACUAUUCGUGGAUAAAUGGAUAGUCAAUUGGCUAAACUAUCCAAUAUCACUUUGCCGUGGAGAUGGUAGGUACAAGCAGACAAUCCCUGCUCAAAAUUGUACAUUGGUAAGCCAGGAUCUCUCUUCAACAAGCCUACAACUUGCGAUACGUAAGACCACCAUGCGUCAUAUACCGAAUUUCGAAAGUUACCCCAAACGCACCAAACGUCGUCGCCUUUUCAGCUUUGAUCGUUCUAGUGACACUCACGUGAUGUCUAGCACCUUCUCGAUGCCUGACCUUGCGUUCUCGACAUGUGACUUCUCGGAUACUGUGGAAUGUCCUAAACUGCACUAUCUGAUAUCUACUUCAAUGGCACCCGCGCCGUUUUUCAGAACAAGUAUCCUAGAGAUCCUCCCGCAAACUACAGUAACGAACGACUUCACUCACCCAUUAUGGUUACGUGAACCGGACGGUUAUGCUACCGGGAGUGGAGAUUCAUCGAAAUAUGGUGCUGGAUGGUAUAUUGUUGAACCGGGGUCUACAGUUGAGCUGCACUCACAGGCUAAAGGGGAGUUGGUGGUUGAGGUUACUGGUAUCGACCCUGGUAGUUUCAGUGGUCUCGAGGUCCCUAAACAAUAUUCUGAAAUGCCACCUACAUUCCAAAUUUGGUCUUCUGGAGUUGUUUUGAAGCCAUCUAACCUGAUACAGUUCCGUUACCCAGCUUCAAUUAAUACGCAGGCAAACUCGGCCCACACAACGACCUCAAAACCCCAACCAACGCAACUAUCUCUAUCCCGUACGCUUAAAUACGGUUUAUGUGAAGUUGAGAUACGUAUGCAUCGUGGAGCUAAGGUUGUACGUUUCAUGAAGCCUUCGGUGGCGGAUUGGAUGGUUUUGAACACUACGGGUAUCGAUCUUUGGGUAGAACAACAGGGUGUACCAGGUUACGGUGAAGUCGUACCUACAGUUGGAGCCUCCAGUGGAGUACUAUCUGAACGGUAUGCAGGCAUGGGUGUACCUUUUGCUUGCUAUGAUCCUGGUAAAGAACAAAAAUUGAUAUGUCGCUUCCACCUAGGGCCAAGGGCAUUCAAGUUACUUAUCAACCAGUUAAGCAAGGGUGGUCGUAGAAAGAACGAAUCGUUUAUUGGAAACGUACGCAACGAUUUCUCUGACGGACUUUUGAGUGCUUUCCCAUUAAAACAUGUACUACAUCGUCAUGCCGGUCGUGUUGUACGUGUUAAAGGUUCAUUGAGAGUAAACCUAAGUCGUGUGGAAUCCAUGCGUUGCAGUUCUGUCAUUCAAUUGCGUUAUGGAAGCACAGUGAUCUCUAUGCGUUUAACAGCACAGACGUGCGUAGCAUUUGGCCAGAAGACAUUACACUUCACUGCAGUACUAAUACCAACCCGAGGGUUCCUUCGUUUCAACCGUAUCCAUCCUAUGCAGUUGUUGCACAUAUAUUCGGCUUUGAGAGACAAAUUAACUGUACCUCAUGAUAUGAGUUACAACCGACUGAUGACACACCGCAGGAUUAGGCAUAUAGCUGCUGGAGUUCGUCGACUUAUACCAUCAACUCUAUGUGCUAAAAGUGGGUCACCAUUUAUGUCUUUACGUUACUUCAACGUGCUGAGGUGCUUGCGCAACGUUAUAGGAAGGGAGGAGCAGAAGUCAUUUGAGACCCUCCCGAGGCCAGGGUCUAAGUCACGCGUAUCACGUUCUCGUUUUGGUAAUCUUUUUAAUUGGGAUUAUGUCUUCCAAGUUAACUUCUUGGGUCUGGGUACUGCUAUAUGUGGUGAUAUAACGGAAGAAUUGGUAUAUAUUUCUAGCACAUUGGUCAAAUUCCGUCUGUGCUUGGAUAAUGAUGAACACCUCUUUUCCCUCUCGGUAGGGUGGAUACAAUCUGAUGUACACGAUUCAACUACCUGUUAUGCCACAAUGUUACGUCCUUUGGCAAGUUGGCAGUCUUCAACUCAUACCUAUGAUUUGAGACGUCGUGUUCAUAAUAGGGCUCUACAGGGUGUUGGACAUGACGUUGGUGUGGAGGGUCCACAAUCUGAACGUCGAGUGAUAUCUAUAACAUUCAAUACCCGUGGUAAUGAGAACUUUAGCGUACGUGAGAUCACUAAUUGCCGUAUCGAGCUGGAACCAUUAAGUCUGAAUUUGGAUACUCGUAUAGGUCAAUCGCUUCUGAUGUUAGUAGACGAGUUUAUAUCAAUUUUCGGCUUCUCCAAUGCGACUGCAGAUUACUUCACUACGGCUAACGUUGGUAUCUUCUCUAAUGUGGAUUCGUGGUUACGCAGCUUCGAUGUUGCACAGUAUCCAUUGGAAGAAGUUGCGCAAAGCCAAUUCAACAAGAGCUUGAGUGGUGGUACUCGUUACAACAUUUCAAACCUGCAUGUGGGUCGUAUUGCUUUGGCUAUAAAUAUCCGACGCUCGGGCUCACGAUUCUCAUCUGACCUACAGGCACAGAAUGUAUUGAUUCGUCACUUGAUGCAUAUCGUACGGCGCACACCUCAUAUCAGUGAUGCCAACAUUAUAUUGGCACAAGAAUCGCUAUUGGAGCUAUGUUGUACCCCUUACGCAUUGUUGUCACACUUCGUUAUACGUUAUGUCACGCAGAGUGUCCAACAGAUAUACAAGGUGCUGGGUGCAGUUGACCUUAUUGGUAACCCCAAGAUCGUGUUACAUCAUUGGAUAAACGGUGUAUGUCAAGCAGCGUCUAUUAUGCGAGAAUCCUUGCAAUAUCUCCACAUACCGCCGGUUGCGAUUUUCCUGUGGUUCAGGUCAGUAUCACGUGUUGGUGUUUCUGCAAUUUCCGGUAUUGCCGACGCGUUGUACCGUUUUACAGGAAGUUGGUACCUCCUCUUCAAUACUUUGGCAUUGAACUCUGACCGUUAUGCUGUAUUACUGAUGCAGGAUACUUUUGGGAAAACAGUGGAUCAACCUAGCAAUGUGAUGGAUGGUAUUGUUUUUGGUGGUCAAUCUAUCGGCCGCAACCUUUAUGUGAGUGUUGGUAACUUUGCAUUGAAACCGAUACACCAGUUACUUCGAUUCUUAGGUUCGGUGAAGACAGCUCGUGGUGUGAAUGGUGAAGUAUUACUAUCUGGUUUGCACAUUGUUGGUUCGAUGGUUUCUUCUCUCGCUAGCUUAUCAUUCGGUACAGUAUCAAGUUUACUAAGUGGGAUAUCAGUUCUUUCACAGGGGUUGUUGCAUCAGAUCCACUCUGUACCUAUGCUCUCUGCCAUACGCCCUCAACGUUCUGUGAACUUGUUGAAUAGUUCAGGCCCGAUGCGUUACAACUUCCUUGAAUCAUGGUCAAUGUGUGCUUCUAGACGUAUUGCGGGGUUAAACGAAUUGCUAGUGCUACUUCCACUGGAUGGUAAAUUGAAGAUGUUUGAUCCCAUGCACGCAGCAAUGUCUCAUUGGUCAGCUUUAUCUCCACAUAUGGCGAUGAUAUCGCCCAUCGCUGUAUGUACACCCUCGUCGGAUUUGCAAACAUAUUUAUGGGUCAAUCGAACACAUGUUGGUUUAAUACAUCGCCGUAAGCUAUUAUGGAGUUGUGAAAGCAAAUGUAUUCGUAGCAUCGAGAUCAUAAGGGUACCUGCUAUGAGUUACCAGAGCUCGGAUAUUAUGCGUUAUGAUGAUUCUAUUCCUUUCGAAACGUCUAUUAAAGCGGUUCGGAAAUACUUCUCUAAUGACACAUUCUAUUUGCGUCUCGUGCAUGUGACAUCAGAAUCGUCACCACAGCUACGGGGUGGACCUGCUGCCAUCCCCCCUUCUUUGCUAUCACGUCUAAAGGACGAAAAAACGUUCCCAUGUAAAGAGGGUAGCUUGUUAAGGUUAUAUGGCGCUUUCCAACAGCAGGAGUCUACCAAGAGUAUUCGUGAAGAGGGUGGCCGAAGUUACGAUGAACCCGGGACACCGGUACAACGUUACUACCAAACAUCGCUGGCAGGGAUAACUAUCGAUAAGUACGAACGGACUGCUGAUGGAGAUAUGGUCGACAGUGCGUUCGUCAAAUCGCCAUCGGUCUCUUCUAACAGUAGCAGCAGCCGUACACAAACAACGGUAUCAAAUGAAAACGACACUGCUCGCUCAUACAGUGUUGAAUCUGCAACAGGACACCGUUCCGCCGGCGGAACAAUUCGUACAAGAAUGGCGGCUGAAGUUGUGCGUCUGCCUAGUAUGGAAACUGCACAGCUGUAUUUCACACUGAUGAUAUCAGUAUUGCGUGCAUCUGCGCUUUGA